AUGAACUUUCUGAGUAUAUUUACAUCAUCCACCAAACAAUAAUAAAAAUAAUAGAAGAUAAAAGUAUCUGUAAAGUUAAAAUUUAGAUAUAUAAAGAUGAACAAUGUUAAAAUUAUUUCUAAAACUUAAAUAUUGAAGAUAAUACUUAAUGCCAAAAAAUUUUAGAUUAGAUUGAUAUUUAAAAUCAACUUGGAGAUGAUGUUAUAAUUAUUAUAUCUUUAGGUGAGAAAAGUACUUCUUCUUUUUACUUGUUAGAAAGAUAAAAAAUGCAUUUCAUAAAGAAUUAUCAAUAAGUAAGAGCAAAUAGCAAAAAUUUUACAAAAUGCUCCACAAAACUUAGAACUUUAUAUAAUUUAUUAAGAAAUCAAGCUUUCAAAAUUGUUAGAAACUCAAUCCUACCAUUAAAAAAUUUGGAAUCAUAUUAAUAUAAGUAGAUAUCAUUUAAUAUUAUUGAAGAUUCUAAAGAUCAUUCAUUUAGAUAAGGGACACUAUUGAAAAAAGGAAAAACUGGGUAAUUUAGAGAGAGACUCUUUAAAUUAUAAAAAGACACCUUAAUUUAUGAAAAAUAAGAGAAGCACGAAAAAAAUAAAACAAAAUAGAGUUGUAUAUCUCUUGAUUCAAUGUAAAUUGAAAAACAACCAGAUAAAAAUUUAACAUUUCUAAUAAAAUGUGAUUAAAAAAUUUAUUAAAUUAAAGCUUAAAGUAGAACUGAUUUUGAUGGAUGGUAGGUAAAAAUCAUAAUGAAUUUGAAGGUUAUAUUCAUUGCACAACUAAAUUAUGAAAUGGAAAGAAGUAAAACUACUAUUAGAUUACGAUAAAAAAAUUGAAUAAUGUGCCUAUCAAAAAGUGGAAAAAUUGAAAAGCCUUCCAUCCUAAAUCAAAUCUAUAAAGUUUAUAGCUUAGAACAAUACUUACAUUACAAAGUUUAAUUUAUCAAAAUUUUAGAUAAUUCUUAAAAUAUUUGGAGAAUAAUAAAUCAUAGUUAGAUAAUAAACUUUUCGUGUUUUUACAAUUGACUUUGGAAAGUGAAACUUUGCAACAAGGAUCUAAAUAUUAUAAAUAAAUGCUUGAGAAGAAAGACUCAUUGUACCAGGAAAUUUAAGAAAUGAUGAAAGAUGAUGAACACUUUUCUAAAUUUGAAAAAAUAUAAUCAACUCAAUUUAAACAAGAAAUAACAAUUUAUUUUGAUAAAUAAAUUGUACCUGAUUUUCUUUUACAAAGUAAUUAUAUAUCAUAAUUGAUAGUUCAAUAGUCUUAAAUAAUAUAAGAUUUUUCAAUUCAUUAGUUUAAAUAGUUCUAUAAAUUUCCUUUGUUUGAUUUAUCUGGAUUUUAUUAAGAUCCUACUGAUAUUGUGCAUCCUAAUUCUGAAUGA